UCUGCCGCUGUGGCUGUUGCUAAAGGGAGGAGAAAAUCUCACGACGGAGGGCUUCUUAAAUCUUUCAUUACCAUUUAGGUCCUUUGCAGGACUGUAACCAGAACUUGACUGUAAAACCAACGCGUAACCAGCCUGACUGUAACAGUAAUUACCACCCAGCCGUCAGAAUAGUCGCACCGUGGCUGAGCUGAACGAUGGUGAAGCCAGACAUUCACACUCUGGCCCACCACCUGAAGCAGGAGCGUCUGUAUGUGACAUCUGAGAAGCAGCUCAUCCAGCGGUUGAACAAUGAGGUGCUAAAGACAGCAGAGAAGCUCUACCGCACAGCCUGGAUAGCCAAACAGCAAAGGAUCAACCUUGACCGCCUCAUCCUCACCAGUGCGGAGGCCUCCCCAGCAGAAUGCUGCCAGCAUGCCAAAGUGCUGGAGGACACACAGUUUGUGGAUGGUUAUAAGACACUAGGCUUUCAGGAGAGCAUCUAUGGGGAGUUCUUGGGCCGUUUGAGGGAGAAUCCGCGGUUGGUGGCCUCUUGUCUGGUGGCAGGAGAGAGACUCAAUCAUGAGCACACACAGGGAGUCAUAUACACAGUUUUCACCUCACUCUAUGGAAACUGCAUCAUGCAAGAGGAUGAAAGCUACCUGCUGCAGGUACUACGCUAUUUGGUGGAAUUUGAGCUUAAGGAAAAUGACAACCCUCGGCGCCUUCUACGGCGAGGCACGUGUGCCUUCAGUAUCCUCUUUAAACUCUUCUCUGAAGGCCUGUUUUCAGCCAAGCUCUUCCUCACUGCCACCCUCCACGAACCCAUCAUGCAACUGCUGGUGGAGGACGAGGACCAUCUAGAGACAGAUCCAGCCAAACUGAUCGAAAGCUUCACCCCGGCCCAGCAGAUGCGGCUGUUUGGGGAGAAGGGGACAGAUGAGUACCGCAGAAAGGUUCAAGAAGCUGUGGAGGCCAAUGAGGCCAAGCUGGUGACCCUUGUUAACUCCUUUAUUGGCUACCUGAAGCAGAACACCUACUGCUUCCCACAGAGCCUGCGCUGGAUUUUGUCUCAGAUGUAUAAGACAUUGGCACGAGUGGAGAGGUUAGAGGUCGGGGAGGUGAGGACGAUGUGCACUGACCUGCUGCUCACAUGUUUCAUCUGCCCAGCCAUUGUCAACCCCGAGCAGUACGGCAUCAUCUCGGAUGCACCAGUCAAUGAGGUGGCGCGUUUCAACCUUAUGCAGGUGGGGCAGUUGUUGCAGGAGUUAGCCAUGUCUGAUGCAGAUGAUGGAGACCCUCGACGUAAAAGCAGUUUAUCAAAGUUUGAUAAGACAUGUGUUGCUGCCUUUUUGGAUGUCGUCAUUGGUGGAAGAGCUGUUGAGACUCCACCAAUGUCCUCAAUUAACUUGCUGGAAGGCCUAACACGGACUGCGGUUUACAUGACUCAUAAUCAGCUUUUGGCUCUGGUGGACUUUGUGCGUAGUGUGCCGACAGGCGAUCAGCUCAGAGAAGAGGAUCACCUUGCUCUGGAAACCCUACUGGCCAAUGUACCUCAGUCCCGCACCACGAAGAGCAACAGUUUUGAACUCACGCCCUCUAACACGCCCCAGCUCUCCCCAGCCACCACGCCUGCCAACAAGAAGAACAAACUCCCCAUUGGACAACAGUUGGUUGCCAUAACGUGUUGGGAGCCCACUGCCCUGUCCGCUCAUAUACCUUUAGUAACCCCAUUUGGCUCUCGCAGCCGUAGCCGGUCCAACGUGGCCCAGGAGGGUGAGAUUGAGGCAAGCUCUCAGGAGUCUCUGCAGGAAGUCAUGCCAGAGGAAGUGCUAGUCAUCUCAAUUGGAAGCUUAAUACAGACCGUACCUGGAAUGAUGUCAGAAAAUGAGGUCCUGACUCUUCAUCUUGGAGACGGUGGACAAGGAGAUGCCCCAGUCGAUGACACCAAACUGCACGGCAAACCCGACAAAACACUCCGCUUCUCACUCUACAGCGACAACCUGGAGGGCAUUUCUGAGGGGCCAUCUAACCGCUCAAAUUCAGUCUCAUCUUUGGACUUGGAGGUGGAAUCUGUGUCAGAAGGAGGACCGGGGCCCUCUGGUAGUAAUGGUGCAGAGGCCUUGCAGCUACUUGAACAUGAACAAGCCACCACUCAGGAUAAUUUGGAUGAUAAACUGCGCAAGUUUGAGAUUCGGGACAUGAUGGGCCUGACGGAUGACCGGGACAUUUCUGAGACUGUCAGUGAGACAUGGAGCACAGAUGUCCUGGGUAGUGACUUUGACCCCAAUAUGGAUGAGGACAGAUUGCAGGAGAUUGCAGGGGCUGCGGCAGAGAAUGCACUGGGGAGCUUGCUUUGUCUGCCUGUUCUUCUGGACCCAUACGGUUCUACCAUUUCUGAGACGACGAGCGAGGCAUGGAGCGUAGAGGUGCUACCCAGUGACUCAGAAGCUGCAGAUCUGAAGCAGGAAGAACGCUUACAAGAGCUAGAGAGCUGCUCUGGUGUUGGUAGCACUUCAGAUGACACAGAGGUCAGAGAGGUCAGCUCCCGACCCAGCACCCCAGGGCUCAGUGUUGUUUCAGGCAUCAGUGCCACAUCAGAGGACAUCCCCAAUAAGAUUGAGGACCUACGCUCAGAGUGCAGCUCAGACUUCGGAGGCAAAGACUCCGUGACCAGUCCAGAUGGAGAGGACACUGCACAUGGGGCUCACAGUCUGUCCUGCACACCCUCUCAAACUGACUCACUGCUGGCCAUGUUCGAUCCUCUCUCCUCUGGAGAAGGCUCUUCUACUGGAACCAUUGUGCGGCCCAAGGUACACUAUCCCCGUCCCCCUCACCCUCCACCUGACCCACCCAUUCCAGAGGCCAGCAUACCAGGCCACCAGGAGCCUCGCCCACCCCUCUUUGCCCCCCAUCUGACCCAGAGUGACCUGGAGCAUCCCAAGCAGAGGCAUUCUUACACUGAAAGGCUGGUGAGGAGCCGCAGCACAGAUGUGGUGUCUUCUGGCCGCAGACCCAACAGCGAUCCCGGACUGAACCGCAGGACCAUGAUGGAGGAGAGAGACCCCGCCGGGGCAUUCUCCACAGGGCCUACCUCUUCUCCUAGCAAGGACUCACUCAAAGGAGAGUCUGAGGACAGGAAGGACAGUGAUGAUGAGAAGUCUGAUAGGAACAGACCCUGGUGGAAGAAGCGCUUUGUUCCUGCUAUUCCUAAAGUGCUCUAUUGGACUGCAGAGGGUGAACUCCCAGUGCCAAUUGGAGGUCUAAGAAAGCGGGACAAGCCAGAGAAAGACGAGCAAGGAGCGGAGAGGAUCUCUCAAGGUUUGUCAGAUGAGCCAUCAAUGCUCAGGCAAAGCUCCAAGACCCAGUCAGCAGAGGCAAUAAUGGACAAGUACAUCAGGUACAUGGAGAAACGGCCCAUUCCUAGUGAUGUAGUAGCUGCAGGACCCUAUGUUGGACAAGAGCCAUGCAGGGAAGGAGAGAGUGAGCAUGACUCUCCAAAAGAUGAAGCUCUGCAAAACAUCUCUGCAGAUGACAUGCCAGACUCAGCCAGUCAGACGGCCCCACCUCAGGACAAGACAUUCUCCUUCAGUGAUAUAAAGAAGAAAUUACGACUGGCACUAUGCUCAGCAGAUUCAGUCGUUUUUCCAAUCAUUCCUCCUGCAACAACACGCAACGGCCUCCCAGACCAUGCAGACCCUGAAGACAACGAGAUCGUGUGCUUUCUGAAGGUGCAGCUGGCGGAGGCCAUUAACCUGCAGGAUAAGAACCAGAUGGCUCAGAUCCAGGAGACUACGCGCUGUGUCAGCCACCUCGACCCCCGCACCUGCAGAAAACUGCUCACUGCCAUGGCAGAGGACUACAGGAAGCGGGCUCCAUACAUUGCUUAUCUUACUCGUUGCCGACAAGGCCUGCAGACUUCUCAGGCUCAUCUGGAGAGACUCCUGCAGAGAGUGCUAAGAGACAAAGAAGUGGCGAACCGUUAUUUCACUACCGUCUGCGUCCGACUGCUGCUGGAACACAUGGAGUCCAAGAUGCUUGACUUCAUCAAAGCAUUUCAGGGUUGCACAGCAGCUGACGAUAAGACUGCAGCGGUGGAGGAUUUCCUGCGUUACUUAUACGGAGCUAUGGCCCACGAUGCCAUUUGGCAGUUCGCCAGCGAGGAGCAGCUCCAGGACGCCCAGAUGGCCAUCGAACGCAGCGUCAUGAAUCGCAUUUUCAAACUGGCAUUCUAUCCCAAUCAGGAUGGGGACAUCCUCAGAGACGAGCUUUUCUUGGAGCACAUUCAACGUCUAUCCAAAGUGGUGACAGCCAAUCACAAGGCAUUGCAGAUCCCAGAGGUGUAUCUAAAGGAGGCGCCAUGGCCCUCCGCACAAGCCGAGGUCAGGACGAUCAAUGCUUACAAGACCCCUCGAGAUAAAGUGCAGUGUAUCCUGCGCAUGUGCUCCACUAUUAUGAACCUGCUCAGCCUGGCCAAUGAGGAUGCUGUACCUGGGGCUGACGACUUUGUCCCUGUGCUUGUUUUUGUUCUAAUUAAAGCGAACCCACCCUGCCUUCUGUCCACCAUUCAGUACAUCAAUAAUUUCUAUGCCAGCAGGCUGAGUGGGGAGGAGUGCUAUUGGUGGAUGCAGUUCACUGCUGCUGUGGAAUUCAUUAAAACCAUUGACGAUCGCAAGUGAAGCAGAACAGCCACCUGUAUGGGCAGACUGUAGGAAGGAGAUGGCGAAAGCGAGAGAGAGAGGACACGGAGUGGACAAAUACUCUCCCCUUCACCUAGACCACAAAUAAAGGUGUUGCCUCAGUCUGUAUAACUGUAUAUAGAGGCAGAAACACUUCAAGUUUAAAAACGAUCAAAUAUUUGAUAUGAUCAUGGCAGGUUUUACUGUGGGGUAUUAAUUGAAAAAAGAAAUUAUAAUAAUAAUACAGCCUAGUGGAAAUGGCUGAUGGCGACUUUGCCUCUACUGAUCUCUAUUAUAACCUGCAUCACUUUUUCUGUAGUACUGGGGGAGGUGCUGGGACUUUGAAUACAAUUUUAUAUAAAAUAUUAAGCAAGUAAUUAGCUCUGUUAUAAGAUACCUAUCAUAUGAAAAAGGGACCAUGAACUACCUGCAAUGAUCAUGUUUGUAUCAGGACACUCCAGAGGGGAAUCGAUGAUUCUAGCCUCCUUGUGUAAACCGUGCAAUCUUAACCCCAUUCAAAGCUAAUUGUCAGAGGAUUCAUAUCAAAGAACGCAUCACUAUAGAUGCUACCAAUGUAUCAAUGUUACAGUAUAUCAAAUAAUCAUGCCAUUAUUUUAAUAGGGCAGCUUGUUCUAUGAAUGUAAACAGGUGUUGUCAUUUAUUGUACAUUUCUUUACUACGUUUCCCAGACAAUUUGGAAAUAAGGGCCCACAUAUUUAUAAUAAAUAAAAAAAAUGUAUUUAUUACUUAACUCCUGUAUUUAAUCUUUUUGUUUUUGUAUUUACAGUCUUGUCUGAUUAAUUUGUAGGACAGAAGGCAGUUCAAUGCACAGUUUGGUUGAUAAGAAGUUGUAGUAAUACAUGCACAUAAAACUCACGAAGAGCUGCUAAAACAGGGUGUCUUCACAUUAGCUGAUUGUUUUUCGGUGUUGUAAGUUAGUGCCUUGCAGAGGUUUGGAGUAUAUAACACUGAUUCUUUUAGUUUUGGUAGAUUUUCUGCCACAUCUUGAAUUUCCUGUCUUCCUUGAGUUUGAGGAACUCUGACCAGUCAAAGGCAAGCCAUGCAAAACAACAGUACUGUAGCACAUAAAUUAGAAAGAUUACCCAUUAAUUGACAUUUAGAACAUGGAUUGCUUUUGUUGAAUUUGUGAAAAUUACAAGAUUGUGAAAAUCUUGACUGCUUGUUUUCACAAUAUAGUCUGUUGUAUGUGAUCAUACCAAUUGAUAUGAGAUGUAUGAUGAAGACUUCAAGUAUUUAAAUGCGUUUCAUUUGAAUUUGUGGUCUUUAUCAUUAGUGAUGUUGUCCCAAGGAAAUGUUUGUUUUUAUUUUGCUCGUUGCUGAUGUUAAAUUCCAUGUAUUGUUUCAGAAUCCUUUCUUUACUAGUUUGAUUCAAAGCCAUGUUCCAUUUUGCAAUGGAAAUCCCAAGGACAAAUACUAGUUAGGAUGGCUAUUCCCUUGCCUAUAACAGAACGUCUCCCAAAUUUACAGUAGUGCCUCUCAUUGGUUAGUUUAGGGUAUAUAUUGUAGUUGAUAUCAAAGAAUAUUGAACACUGUGGCAUGCUCCUCAUCAGUGCUGAGAACGGAUGGGUAAUAGUUUAGGUAGUGUAUUAUGAAUUGAUGUAGUUGAGAAAAAUCGAUCUGAUUUGAUAUUUGGCGUGCUGCGGGCUACCUCGUGUCAUUUCCAUAAAAGCUAGCUCAUGUCCUUCAGUCUCUGUGUUUAUAACUGUCUUUGCGAUUGCAUACAUCAAACCGCAGUAUAGAAAAUAAUGCUUUGCUUUGUUGCAGUUAAUCUAAUGAUAUCUUUAUUAACUUUCCAUUAACCUUUGCACAUAGAACUGGGGUGAAAGAACUGUACCCUUGAUAUUUUGAUACUGUAUUGUCUAAGACUUUCCCCUUUAAAUCUCUGUUUUAAUAACUGAUCACGUGUGCUCAUUAAGAUGCCAUGAAAAUGUUCUACAGGAGGGCUGAAUGUUGAUUUUGGUCCUAAAAAUAGUAGAUGCACUUAGAACAAUUAGUUCUACCUCCUGCCAUGCUAGUAUAGAAGGCAUGACUAAAAUGUUGUAAUGCCUUAUUUUUCUCCUAGCUUUGUAGCCAUUAGAGCUGUGUACAUAUUUUAUUCCUGUCCAUCUGAUUUAAAUGGUGCAUGAACUCUGUAUGCUGAUCACCAGUUGUUAUGGCCAUGUAAAAUCUCUGCUCUUGCACAAACCGAACCCAAGCAUCAGCUGCAAGAAUCUGUUUAUUUCCAGUGCACUUUAAACAUUUAUAUUCUAUAUCAAUUGUUAUAACUGACUAUCUUCAUGUUACUAAAUCCAAUAUAAACAUGUAUCACCCUUUCAACAUUUUCUGUAUAUGGAAUUAGCUAGUAUUGAUUUAUAACUUUAAUGUUACAAAUGGUUCAGGCUGAAGUGUUUUCCAACAUUAUUUGGGUGCUCUGUUUAAUUGCAUUGGUUGGAUAUUUUAAAUUAGCAGCAAUUUUGCAUCUGCAUCUUCCUGAGAUUAGUUUCCAAAGGAAUCAAAGACUAUAUUUUCAAAUAUUCAUGACAUGUACUUUUACUGAUAAUUCUUUUGUGUAAAGUCUGUCCUAACAAAUAUAUGCAGCUUGAGGUUUGACUAACCUGUGACAAAUAAUUUGAAGAGUUAAUUCUAAUUUAUUUACUCCUAUUUUCUUAAAAAUGUGUUUAUCUCAAAAUUGAAUGGUUGGUAUUUUGCAUACAGUUUUGUGCAUUUUAAACCGGAAGAAACAAAGUUGACAGAGUUACUGUCAACCUGAACCAUCGGCCAUAUUCAAACCCAUAAGGCUAACCUAAUGUUUAAGGCCUCAGAUGGAACUCUUUUAUUUGAACAUAUGAUUUGGGUAAAAUUCACUACGAUUGAUUUGAAAACGGUAUUGUGCAAAACCAACUUGCGUAUCCUCACCAAUGCUCCACAUAAAUGAUGUGUUGGAAUAAACAGGGUUUUGCGGGGACUGAAAUUUCUAAGACUCAGACAGAACUAGCUUAAUGUUAAUGUUUGCACAGAUGUGUUGAUUGGGAGCAAGGCAUUAUACUCUUUGAAUCUAUAUUGAGCUUUAUAAUCCCUAGCAUAUAAUGUUGGUCCUCUAUUUUGAGUGCAGAGCAUGCUCAUGAGAAUUAUGGGUGAUGCUUUCGAUUUGUGAGCUUACAUUGUCAGGCUCCUGUUGGGAAAGUAUGUUGUGUGUUAUGUGAUUUAAAAUCAAUCUGUGCAUAUUUCUUUACAAAUUUAUUAAAAGAGACUUUUG